UGGAUGGAGGGGAUGGUGGAUGGGGACUUGGGUCUUCCGUUAACGAAGGGCUGGGUGUGUUAGGAUCCAUCAUAGGAGAUAGUGCAUACUCCAGUGAAACGUUGCUUUUUCUUCUUCGAAAUGAUGUGUUGUUUGCGCUCGUCGCCCUUUUCCUGCUGCUAUUCAGCAUUGUAUUCUACUGUGUCAGGAGUGGAUCCCCGAGUGAAAUUAAAAAGAAUCUCCAAACAAAAGUGGAAGACAUGAAGGACUUUGUUGGCGUUGGAACCCGCCCGCGAUUUAGGAAGCGAGACAAAAUAGUGUUUUACGGACGGAAGAUGCUGAGAAAGGUGAAAUCGGUCGGCCAGUACGUCAAGUCGGGCAGCAAGCACGGGAAGAAGCGGCAGCUGGUGAUGAAGUUCGCCAGGAACCUGUUGCAGAUGCGCCGGGACGAGCAGACCCAGCUGGCGGUGCUGGAGCCGCCCAGCGAGUACCUGCAGGAGGACCUGCGGGACGACAGCGACGCCUCGCUGCCGCGCGAGGUCAUGUACAUGCUGCGCAGUGUCAGGGUGUUCGGGCAUUUUGAGAAGCCAGUCUUUCUGGAGCUGUGCAAGCAAUGUGAAACCAUCAAGCUUAGGGCUGGACAGUUUCUCUUCAAAAUAGGCGACAACGACGAGAACGUGUUUGUAGUGCAGUCGGGUCUGCUGGACGUGUUCAUCACCGAGCCGGACGGCAGCUCCAGCACGCUCAAAUACGUGGGCGCCGGCGACUCGGUCACUUCGCUGCUCAGCUUCUGCGACGUGCUGACGGGCCACCCGCAGCCGUACAAAACAGUCUCGGCCAAGGCGGAGGUGGACACCAUUGUCAUCAAGCUGCCGUUCAUGGCCUUCCUGAAGCUGACGGACAGCUACCCGGAGACGGUGGUGCGCAUGGUGCAGAUCAUCAUGAUCCGCUUGAUGCGCGUCACGUUCACGGCUCUGCACCACUACCUGGGCCUCAGCUCGGAGCUCAUGACGCAGUCGCGCCAGCGUGCCGAGACGGCCCACAAGGCGGCGCUGGCGUCGCCGCGGAAGCAGCGCCGGCCGCCGGCACCGGAGCACGUCACCAGCGGCGAGCCGGUUCCCGGCCGCGACCGCAGCCAGUCACAGAGCGAGCUGGCCACCGCCGGCGACGUCGACAGCGAGGAGCCGGAGCGGCGGCGCACGCUGGAGACGGCCGACUCUGCCUGA